GCUUAACAGCGAAGUCGAUAACUAACGGAAUGCGUGUGUGCAUAGUGUAGAUAACACUGCACCGGUACUUUCUGCAUUACAAUGCGCUGCAUGAAACACGUUCUAAAAAUCAGUAUACGGUACAGUAAUGCAUUUGAUACUCGAACUAAUGGUAUCAGUAAUGCAUUUGAUACUUCGUCGAACGUAACGCGGAAUGAGCUGUAUGUACUGCAAACGUAUGGUUUUGAACCUUUUUGAACUGCUCAGUAAUAUCCAACUAUGCUACAAAAUAAAAGCUUUUUAUGGCUGUUAAAAUUAUUACUCUUGUUGUUCACAUGUAACUGUCUGUUAACGAUGGCAUGCAUUGUGUUGGUAUAAAAACAAGGUGAAAUUUAUCAGAGCGAGCAAUGGCCGAAAUUUAUGCUGGAGAUUUCCAGCACAAGCGUAGCAUGGGAAGCUCCAUUACGUAUCAAGUCGCGCUUUUUAAAGAUGAAGGGCCAAGUAGCCCAACGAGAGCCGGUGAGGAUGACAUUCCGUUAUGUGGAAAGCCAGCGGAUGCGUACUUCGAAGUUUCCGGGUUUGGAAGAUUUGCGAAAAUGACACCGUUGCCCACCACAGCCGAACUCACGAUAGUACCAUCGCUGCGGGCCGAUGCAAAAAACGAAAUGGACGAAUUAAGAAAGCUGCUGAAACCAUUGGUGAAUGCAUCGAUGGACGAAAACAAAUAUGUCCAGAAGUAUUACGGCGUUAGUUGCAAAUGGGGGACGUCGGGACUACCUAGUGCAUGCUACAUUUUGACAGAGUGGUGCGAAGGUUUGCCCUUGGACGAAGUUAUGGUGAAGUUAGGUCAAAGGCCUACAGACUACGCUAUUGUACGAUGCGCAGCACAGGUACUGGAGGGUCUGCAAUUUCUUCACGACAACCAGAUAAUUCAUCAGGAUAUCAAAGGAGCCAACAUUAUCGUAUCAUCCAGCGGCAAAACUUUGAAGAUCACCGGCCUGACCAGAGCCAAGCACUUUACAGGGUCCUGCACACCUCCACGAUAUAUCGAAAGCGCAACCGGCACGGUACCGUUUGCCUCACCGGAAAUGGUAGCACUUUCGGUCUCCACGUCGAACCACGCAACACACGUCGGCCGAAAGACCGAUAUCUGGAGUCUAGGUUGUGUUAUGGUACAAAUGUUGAAUCAAGGCCAACCUCCUCGUUUAACUGAUGGCGACUACGAAAGAAAGGACGCAAAGUCUCCACAUCCAUCGAAUUUUAAAGAAAUUCAUCGUCUCUUUCUGAUGGGAUGCCGACCACACUUUACACUGAAAAAUGACAGCAUACUUAAGCCAAUUCUUGGUGGAUGUCUAGCUAUGGAUCCGGAUAGACGACUGCUUACUCGACAGUUAAUCAGCCUUAUUCAUGAUUUGUACUAUUUUCUCUUUUGCAAAAUUACACCUGUUCGACAGCAGACUGAAAUGCAGAGGUUUAGAGUGGAACGCUACAACCUUCUGCGGAUACCCGAAGAACCAACUCCAGCGGAACCUGCAGAGCCGAAUAGCCUAAUACCAAGGUUUUUUGGAAAUGACGACAAUGUCGAUGAACGGCUUAAAAAUAUGACGCUUCCUGAAAUGGUCACAAAGAGCGUCCAACCCGAUUGGGUUUCGAUUAUAUCGCCGGUUAGGGACGAUGAUGCUCAGCAACAAACAUUACUGGAAAACAAGCACAAGGUGUUUGAGCUGCUUAUCAAAUUUGCGUCGCAGACAAAAUAUAUUAUACACCACUAUGCGGUAAAACCGGAGAAUCCAACAACCGAACUGCGAGUCUUCACAGUAGUUGAAGACACCUACAUGCUUUUAUCUACCAGGAUCACGCUGCGCAUAUUUCAACGUGAAAUGAUUUCUGGUUUCACUGGUCAGAUACUAGAAGGGCUUGCGUUCCUACACCAAAACGGGAUUAUUCACAAAGAUAUCCGCUGCUGCAACAUCUACGUGGACAGAGAUAUCGUGAAAAUUGCUCAUUUUGAGAAAGCAGCGUUCCACCACAAGGACUCAAUGUUGGGCACGUCCAUAACGUAUCCGGAAGGCUCGUCACAAUUUGCUUCGAAGGAAAUGCAGGAGCUUCUGGCUUUUGAUGGCAGUAGGAGGGCAGGUCCGGUGGGACCGGCUACGGAUGUGUUCAGUUUGGGUUGCACGGUGCUGGAAAUGUAUGCACGAAAGGCACCGGCAUGGGUGUAUGAUAAUGCGGAUAAAACAUCGGAAAAGUAUAAGUUUCUGUCAGGCGACCGCACGGAAGGAGAGUUUGUUCGGCAUCUUUAUGAACUGUGGCAGCGCCAGGCCAUGCCGGAUGUCAGCGGUAUUAUACCAGAAGCAGCCGAGAAAGCACGAGACUUUGUUCAUGCAUGUUUCAUGCCAUCUAGCGAUCGAUCACCAUGUGACCUGUUAAAGUUGCACCCGUUCAUCCGUCCUCCGUUGCCAAGCCAAUGGAUAUCGUAAUUAUUUUGGCUGUUUUGUAUAUGUAUCAUAUCGGCCUUAACUUUCCUUGAAACCGAUAGCAUUCGAGACGGUUAACCUGCCCUUCAUUUUACGAUGAACGAUGGUGCCUCCCGAUUCCAUUUGCCAAUAAUGUCAAUUGCCAGUUUGUGUCCACGACUCUUCAUGACGGCGGCAUAAUACGUUAAGCAUAAUGAUUACCCUAUUUACAGAGUACCAUCCAUUUUCAGUUGAAUUAAUUUGUUUUCCCGCUACAUACCGCGGUAAUAGCGACUGUUUUUCAGUGUGCGCAGGGUUUUUUAACACUAGAGCCGUUACAGGGUUCGCUUGACCUACCCUAUGAAUAUAAAAAUUUGCUUUGUGCUGAUGCACAACUUCGUGUCUGCUUCGGUUGCCACGGUAGUAUGCCGUCAUACUGAGCUCGCAUUUCAAUGACAAAGCUGUGCAAUAAUGCGCACUGAUGCUUUUAUACUGUAUGAGGUUUCUUCAUCUCUGUUGCUUACGUAGAUAUUUCUGCUUUCCGACAACAUUUCACUGACAGAUUAUGAUGAUAGACGACAUUGUGCAAUAAACUAGAAAAUGCCACAGGCAAUCACACUGGUAACGAAAGCUGUCAGCACUGGCAUACCGUAAUUGGCGUUGUGCAAAUGAAGUGAGCAAUGCAGGCGCCAUAAUCAAGAGUAAUUCCCCCAGUACUCCGCAGUUUCAACAGGAAGUGGUUCACCACCGCGAUUUGCGAGAUACUCGGCGGUAUCCGGUUCGCUUGUCCCAAGGCAUCCGGUUUGUAAGUUGUGAAGAAGCUCAGUAACGCCCGGCCGUUUAUCCGAAUCGAACUGCAGACAGGUUUUAAUAAAAUCCUGGACAUUCGACGGUAUCCAGGCAUGAAUCAGAGGCAGUUUCUUGACGGCGCUGUUAAGAUGAUAGAGAAUCGCCAUUUCCAGUAUCAUGGGCAGAUUUUUUGCGCCUGUAUACAGCGGUGGAGCGCCGGUAGCUAGCUGCAAUACCACACACCCCACACUCCAAAUAUCACACUUCCUACCCACGUGGAGGUCCUCUUUAUCAGAACUAACCAUUUCCGGUGCUGCAAAUCGUGCAUCCUGUCCUUGCCGGGCACUUACUUCGUGUUUUGCAGUAAUAUCCGCUUCCAGUUGCCGCAUAUAUUGGAAGCCGCCGAUUUUAAUGGCUCCUUUAAAUCCGGCUUCGCUAAAGAAGAUGACACCCCCGCUAAUGUUGCGAUGUGCGAUGCGGUGCGCAUGAAGAUACCCAAG